CCUGUGGGUGCGGCCCUGUCACGCUCGCGCGGGAGGCGGCGGCUGAGGCGGCGAUGGCGGACUUCGAUGCCUACGACGAUCGGGCCUACAGCAGCUUCGGCGGCGGCCGCGGGUCUCGCGGUGGUGCUGGUCCUGGUUCCCGUAAGCAGAAAGAUCUGCCAACAGAACCCCCUUUCACUGCAUACGUGGGAAAUCUCCCCUUCAACACUGUUCAAGGAGAUAUUGAUGCAAUCUUUAAGGAUCUCAGUGUAAGGAGUGUACGACUAGUCAGAGACAAAGAAACAGACAAAUUUAAAGGAUUUUGUUAUGUAGAAUUCGAUGAGGUGGAAUCACUUAAGGAAGCUCUUACAUAUGAUGGUGCACUUUUGGGUGACCGAUCACUCCGAGUGGACAUAGCAGAGGGCAGAAAUAAGGACAAAGGUGGCUUUGGCUUCAGGAAAGGUGGCGGACCUGAAGAAAGAGGAAUGGGAGGAGGAGGUCCUCGAGAAUCAAGAGGAGGUGGAUGGGAUUCCAGGGAUGACUUCAAUGCUGGCUUCAGAGAUGAUGACUUCUUAGGAGGUCGGGGCAGAGGGACUCGUCCUGGAGAUCGGCGAACAGGUCCUCCACUGGCAGGGGGAGGGACUGGCCGUUUUAGAGAUGGACCUCCCCUCCGUGGGACUUCCAUGGACUUCAGAGAGCCAACAGAAGAGGAAAGAGCACAGAGGCCCCGACUUCAGCUCAAACCUCGAACAGUUGCUACCCCCCUCAAUCAAGUAGCCAAUCCUAAUUCUGCUAUAUUUGGCGGAGCCAAGCCCCGAGAGGAAGGGGCAAAAGAGCACGACUGAGCUUGGGGUUGAGAGGGAAUGGGAGUGGGGAGGGGUGGGUGGGGGGCGGGCAGGAGAAUAAGCAAGACAGCACAGAGUGACUAGCUCUGCUGGAAUGUCAACCCUGCAGUUACCAUUCCUGCCAUCUGACAUUUUGUCCUCUUUGAAACCGAAAACACAGAGCUUGUGAACGCAUGUCAGCUGUUAACAAGUGGUUUUUAGUACGUUCUUGGCUUUGCUGUAUCUAGUGCCUGCUUUGUGCUAAGUUUUCCCUCUUCUCUGUUUCCUUCCAAGCAGCACAGUUUCCAGUAGAUCAUUUAGUAGCUGCUUCCACCUGUGUGAAGGUCCUUCUGGACAAAGGUGCUGCUUUGCUUCCUCUUCUGGGUUUGUUUUACUUUAGAAGCAUAGGUUAGACUCGGUUAAUAUUCUGUGCCAUUUCCUUUUGGCUUCCUCAAUGCUCCUUUUCUGCCCUGCAUGUUUUGUUCUGAAUUGCUGUGGCUCUAAAGAGGUAAACUGAAGAGCCCUGGCAAAUUGAACAGUUCAAGUAGCUUGCACAGCCCUGACCCUGUAGAAUUAGAUGCCGUCUGUGACAGUGGCUAAUAGGAUUACCACAUACCACAAGAGCACUCGUUCUGAAAAUAAAAAAGUCCUUUUAGGCAGUUCACAGAGAAGAGUCUGCUUCUCAACAGGUAGAAGUAAAACAAUUUGCAGGCAGGCCUAAUUUAGUUAAUGACAUUUAUAUGAAGAAAGCACUUGCUUCAGUAGGCAUACCUUGAGGGGAAAGAUGCAUCCCACUAUUUUGUAACUGGCUGUCUACAAGUAGUAUAAUGUUGCACUCUUGAGCUUGAGGUUGGUGCUAUAAAGCUGUGCCUAUUCUAGGACAUAACUGCUGACUGGCUCUUUCUGCUUGUAAUUUGAGUUUACAUGUUUGGUAAAUUUUUAAAAUAAGUUUCUACAAAUAAAGUUGACUCUUUUUUUGUUUAUUUAAAGAGUGUAUAAUUUGCCAUGCCAUGUAUGUGUAUCUGCCACCAUCUUCUGUACAUCUUGACCCAGUCGUGUACAGCUGACAGUAACUUUGCUUUUGGAAUGGCCUCUGAAAUGGGCAAGAUUUGAAUCUUUACCUCUUUCAUGAUUUGAAUUCCACUGCUUAGUGUGUAGAGAUUUUUGGUAACAGUUUCUCCAGACAACAGUUGCCUAACCUCCUUGACCCUCAAAAGCACUGUUGUCAGGGUUGAUGAGGACAUGUGAGAAAAGUGAUCCUGAAUAGUUUGUCAUGUAAAGAAAAAAAAAUACAAACCUUGGAGCUCUAAAAAAAACU